CACCGCCUCGUAUGGCACAACCGGCACCAGGCGCUGGACAGUGCGCUGCGCUCCGGCACGCACGACGUGGAGUUGACGGACCCCCGUGGGCGGACCCCGCUGGAGCUGGCCGUAUCCCUGGGCCACCUGGAGUCGGUGCGGGUGCUGCUGCGGCACAACGCCAAUGUGGGCCGGGAGAACGCCAAUGGCUGGACAGUGCUGCAAGAGGCAGUGAGCACGGGGGACCCCGAGAUAGUGCAGCUGGUGCUCCAAUACCGUGACUACCAGCGGGCAACGCGGCGACUUGCUGGCAUCCCCGAGCUGCUCAGCAAGCUGCGCCGGGCCUCUGACUUCUACGUGGAGAUGAAGUGGGAAUUUACCAGCUGGGUGCCUCUGGUGUCCAAGGUGUGCCCCAGUGACGUGUACCGUGUCUGGAAACGGGGUGAGAGCCUGCGGGUCGACACCACACUGCUGGGCUUUGAGCACAUGACGUGGCAGCGGGGCCGCCGCAGCUACAUCUUCAAGGGAGAAGAGGAGGGAGCGGUGGUGAUGGAGGUGGACCAUGACAAGCAGGUGGUGUACACUGAGACGCUGGCUCUGGCCCUGCACGAGCCUGACCUGCUGUUGGCGGCCAUGCAGCCCUCAGAAGAGCAUGUGGCUGGGCGGCUGACGUCGCCCAUCGUCUCCACGCACCUGGACACCAGGAACAUUGCCUUUGAGCGGAAUAAGUCAGGGAUCUGGGGAUGGCGCUCGGAGAAGAUGGAGGUGGUCAGCGGCUAUGAAGCCAAGGUGUACAGUGCAAGCAAUGUGGAGCUGGUCACCAAGACGAGGACAGAGCACCUCUCAGACCAGGACAAGUCCCGUACUAGAGGCUCCCGCACCCCCUUCCACUCCUUCCUGGGCCUGGCACAGCAGCACAGCACCCACAAUGGGGCACCCGCACCCCCAGCCGCCAGCCCCACCAAUCCUACGGCCAUCACCCUCGAGGAGUACUUUGACCCACACUUCGACCUAGAGGCACACAACAUCGGGCGCCCCAUCGAGGUGUCCAGCAAGGUGCAGAGGUUCAAGGCAACGCUGUGGCUCUGUGAGCAGCACCCACUGUCACUGGCUGAGCAGGUGACACCCAUCAUCGACCUGAUGGCCAUCUCCAAUGCGCACUUUGCCAAGCUGCGUGACUUCAUCACCCUCAAGCUGCCCCCUGGCUUCCCUGUCAAGAUUGAGAUCCCCCUGUUCCAUGUCCUCAACGCCCGCAUCACCUUCAGCAACCUCUGUGGCUGUGACCAACCGUUAGGCUCCGUACGGGUCUGCAACCCCACUGUAUCUGAAUGCGGCCAGAUGCUGGGGGAGGCGGGGGGCUUGAAGGCGGCCCCCCUAGGACCACGGCCCAGGUCCCGGCCGUGCCGCGUGGUUCGCCAGGCCAGUGUGGAUGGGGACCGCGUAGCUGCAGAGGCGCACAGCCCUACCAAAAGCUCUGCCCCCAUCCGGGAGCCCGGCCCACCCGACGCUCCAUAG